GAAUAGUCAGCUAUAGAGCUAUAGUACCUAUAUGUAUGAAAUAAUUGAAAUGGAGGUUAAAUGCUUAAGUUGAAUAGCUGUCUUGCAGUCCGAUCUGACAUAAUGGUGUAAAACUUAAAAUUAUACCAGAAUAGUAUAUCAUGGUUAAACCAACAAUGUAAACGUGGUGCACUUAUAUACAGCAAAUAUCAUCAGAAUCAAGAACCGAUCAACUGUAAUCGUCAUGUAACAUGUAGACAAUUUUCUAAUGAAUAAUUAUGACACUUUUAUGGAUAUAUUUGCAUGUGAUGGUAUCAUUUACCAUUGCUUUUGUACCAGAAGACGACAAAUAUAUUCUUAAGGGAGAUCUAGUUCUAGGUGGACUGUUUCCUAUUCACUCAACAUACAAACCAGAAUUGGAAAAAUGUUUGGAUAUCCAAGGACAAGAUGGCAUACAGGCUUUGGAAGCUAUGAAAUAUUCAAUACUAACGAUUAAUGACAACAAAAUUCUUCCAGGACUAAGUCUUGGAAUGGUAGGGGUUGACACGUGUGAAAGUGAAACAAUCUCAUUGGAUAAUACAAACGAACUGUUAGAUAUGAGAAUCAACAAAAAUGUGAACGCAGAAACAUGCUCUUGUAAAUCUGGCGACACAAUGAAAAAUAAUUUGAUUGGUGUCAUUGGUCCAGCUUCCAGUAAAUUGUCAAUACCUGUAGCUAGUUUGCUUCGUCUGUUCAAAGUUCCACAGAUAAGUUACCAGUCUACCUCUCCAGAACUGAGCGACAAAACUCGAUUUCAAUAUUUUAAGAGAACCGUACCUUCAGAUUACUUUCAAGCCAAAGCAAUUGCAGAUCUACUCAAGGAUCUGGAAUAUCAAUACAUCUCCAUUGUGUAUGAAGACAGCAGCUAUGGAUUCAACUUCAAGUCGAUGUUAGAGAAAUUAGCCAUGCAUGGUAAUUUUUGUGUUGGAGUAUCAAUGAAGCUACCAUAUGAUCCGUCGGACUCACAGAUUAAACAUAUUAUCAAAACUUUAUUAAAACAAAAAAAUGGAAAAGAUCCAACUGUUGUAGUUUUAAUUUUAAGGCCGCAUACUGCCAUUGAGUUAUUCAAAGCUGUGAGUCAAACAACUCAUGCCAAGUCUUUCCACUGGAUAGCUACCGAUGGUUGGGCUGGAAGGUCGUUUAAAAAUAAUGACAUUAAUGAUGUAUUGGAAGGAUCUGUUGGUGUUCAGUUAUUCAUGGGCGACAUACCUGGCUUUAAAAAGUAUUUUACUAAGCUUGUUGACGGUAAUCCGACUAAUCCAUGGUGGCAGGAUUACACUGAUACGGAUGUUGAUGGAUGUACUCAAGCUGAAUGUAAUGUUGAAGAGUUUGGAAUUCUUCACUAUAUCAACGAUGCUGUAAAAGCAUUUGCAUAUGCUAUUAGAGGAAUGCACGAAGCUUAUUGUGGUAACAUAGUAGGUUUGUGCGACAGUUUAAAAAUAGCUCUCCGUGAUGGAACUCGGCUGCUAGAAUUCCUUGGUAACGUGUCUUUUACAGAUUCUCAAAGAGAGAUAUUUCAAUUUGUAAAUAGUUCAGAGGGACCAGCCCGUUACAGCAUUCUGAGGUACAGUUCUAAGAAGGAACAGUGGGAAACAAUAGGAAACUUUUCAGAAGUUGGUGACACAGAGAGACUUUUCGUUAACAAAAAGCACAGAGACGACAUUAACAGGGGACCAAUAGUAUGUUCACAUCCUUGCCCAGACGGAUACGCAAAAUCAGUAUCAGACGACCGUUGCUGCUGGAUAUGUACUAAAUGUUCUGGAAAUCAGUAUUCUGGUGAAUUUGGAUGCAUGUCGUGUCCUCAUGGUUUUCAUCCGAAUAAUAAUAAAAGUAACUGUACGCCAAUUCACAUUGACUUUAUGAGUUUCAAUGACCCAGCUGCUAUCGGGACUCUUACUGUGUCAUCUAUUGGUAUUGCUGUAUGUAUCGUAGUCAUAGUGGUAUUCACGAUUAACAGAGAAACGCCAUUAGUUAAAGCAACGGACCUUAAACUCAGUCUUCUGUUGGUUUUUAGUCUGAUUUUAUCGUAUGGAUCAUCAGCUGCCUUUCUUGCUAAACCUUCACCUAUUUCGUGUGGUCUUAUCCGAUAUCUUCUUGGAUUGUGUUACACAUUGCAGUAUGCCACUUUAUUGACCAAGACAAUCAGAAUUUAUAGACUGUUUCAGGCAAAAAGUCCCGAGAAAAAGAAGUUCAUAAAUUCAAGAUCUUCUAUAACUUUGACUUUAUUGAUAACAUUUUUUCACGUAUUAGGACUGACGGCUUGGAUUAUUUUUGAUAGACCGGAGAUAAGAGUCGAUUAUGACGAAGACAGCGGCGUUUUAAUAUGCGAUGACGCCGAUAACUACUCGUAUGCUAUCAGUUUAACCUACUCAGUAGCGCUAUUAAUGACAUGUGUGUAUUUUGCUGUAAAAACCCGAAAGAUUCCGGAUGGUUUCAAAGAGACACGAUUCAUUGCAAUAUGUUCAUAUACAACUUGUAUCAUUUGGUUAGCGUUUGCCUCAACAUUUUUUUUCACCAACAAUAAUAUCGUACGUGUUCUGUCUCUAUGUAUAACACUUUCUAUAAACUCAACAGUAAGUCUGUGUGUACUAUUUCUGUCGAGGUUAUACAUCAUCCUGUUUAAACCAAGAUUAAACACAAGGGAGCGGGUAAUGACUCGAGGGAAUGAAAAGUCUGACAGGACAAGUAAAUGUUUAACAGCUAAUAAGUCGGUAGGAACAGAGGAAUCAAGUGAUGAAUAUGUAUACACUAAGAAUGGACUUCUAGCAGCAACAUCAACAUCAGUACCAAAUCUAGUUCCAUUUGCAUCAAAAACCAAAAGACAAUUUAUAUCAGGUGCGCAUUCGCUGCAUAAUAUAUCUAUGUUAAACAACUUGGGAGAUGACAAUGAUCAUCCGAGGAAAACAAAAGACAUUCCCUUAAAACAUUUGCCUCGGAUUACCAUAAGUGAUGGGGAAACUGAAUUUAACGUAUGAUGGCAGUACCAAUGGAAAACACUUUAUAAAAAUUAUUGUUCUUUUGAAGGUCGUAUUGUUAUAUGUGUCGUUGGAUCGCUGUUUCAUUGACAUUCAUAUUACACCCGUCUUAUCUUAUUUUUAUAGUUGUUUUUCUCGCUGACAAAACGUGGGACGACCAACGAUAAUAUUUUACCAAUUCGAAGUUGAAUUAACAAAAAACAAAUAUCGUAAAGAUAAUAUAAGGAACAAAAGCAUAUUAAUAAAAAUAAAAUAAGA